AUGAAGCGAGACAACAUGGCCGCCGCCACGUGCACCUGGCCUGCAAGGAAUGCGGAGCUUGAAGCAAAACUGGACGAGCUGUUCGCCAAGUUCUGGACGGAGCUGGCGUCCAGGGAGCAACAGGCAGGCACAAACAUACCUGCAAAGCAGCUGACACUCACCCGCACAGAGCCGGCGCCACCGCGAGCUCCAGCGACACGCAAGGUGAGCCACAGCCAGCAGACACGUGGAGCCUACGGGCCGAAGCGACAGCAACUGCCAACAGCAGUGGCAAACCACAAAACCCACCCGGCGAACUCUACUCAGCAUCCAAAGCACCCACAAACGACGCUGAGGAGACAGCACACCACCAGAGACAGGAAUGGGGGGCGGCUGAAGCUAUCUGCACAGGCCGCGCCAAAACCCAUACGCCAACUAGGAGCAGAGGCAAGGGCCUUUCCGGGCACACUCCUGUGCAAACCCCAGGCCAUCUGCCCGACGCACCUCACAGCACGGGGAGACCACGCUGUUACCAGGCCCGUGCACACUUCUUCCCAGGCCGUGCACACUUCUUCACCUGGAGGUAACCCUCCCACGCCACCCAUACACCCGAGGGGACAGCCGAGCUCCGGCGGAUCCUUGGGCCCACAACCCUGUUGA